AUAUUCAUGAGCCGAUCCUUCGCCACCAAGCGAAACCUGUUCCGAACACGCCCUUGGGAUUAUAAAGGCAUCGCUUUGCUUGUUUUCCACACGGACAUACAUUUUCUCGUUCAUUCGGUCGCUGGCGUUGUUUAACGAAGAUUUCUUCGUAUUUAGAGUUACAGAGUCAGAAUGACGAACUGCUGUGGUCUCGUGACGAAACAGAAACUGCCAGUUCCUCUGAAGAGCAUCUCAGUGGAUGUGCAGGUCAAGGGUCAUGUAGCUACAGUCACCUCCACUCUGCAGUAUGUGAAUGAGGAAGAUCGCCCCCUGGAGGCCUUGUUUGUGUUCCCUCUGCCUGCUGAUGCUGCUGUCUGUCACUUCAGUGCUAAGAUCGGAGAACAUGAGAUUGUGGCAGAGCUGAAAGAAAAACAGGCCGCGAGAGAUCAGUACGAUGAUGCUCUGAGUUCAGGUCAGGAGGCGUUUCUGUUGGAAGAGAGUGAAGAAAGUUCUGAUGUGUUCAAACUGAGUGUUGGGUGUCUGUCACCGGGUCAGAACGCCGCCAUCAGCAUCACAUACAUCACUGAACUCUCUGUGCAGGCCGACCACGCGCUGCGCUUCUGUCUGCCUGCUGUCCUCAACCCCAGAUACACACCAGCAGGUUCAGCUGCUGGAAUAGUUUCAGAGAUUUCAUCAGUACGUGACUCUGUUCCCUACACUCUGACUCUCAGUGUUCAUGUGAGCUCUCCAAACCCCAUCUCCAAACUAGAGUCCAAGUGCACUCUGGAUCCUCUAGUGUUCCUCAACUCGGAUCACACUCUCGCUACGGUGAAUCUGAGUUCUGGUCACAAGUUUGAUAAAGAUGUUGAGUUGUUUGUGUACUAUGAGAAUACCCAUCAGCCCACUGCUAUAGUGGAGGCAGGAGUGACCACUGCACAAGCAGGUUCUCUGAUGAGUGAUCCAGUGGUGAUGAUCAGUUUGUACCCAGAAUUCCCAAAGGAAGUGAUGUCAUCAUUAACAGCUCAAGGAGAGUUUGUUUUUGUGAUUGACAGAUCAGGCAGUAUGGACUGUGCGAUGCAUAAUGGGGAAGGAGCACAGAGGCGUAUAGAAAGUGCAAAGGAAACUCUGCUGUUACUGUUGAAGAGUCUGCCCAUGGGCUGUUACUUCAAUAUCUAUGGAUUUGGCUCCAGUUAUGAGUCCUUCUUCCCUCAGAGUGUUGUGUACAAUCAGGACACAAUGGAUCAGGCACUGAAUAGAGUAAAUGAAAUGAGAGCAAACAUGGGCGGCACAGAGAUUCUACAGCCUCUGAAACACAUCUACAGUCAACCCUGUUACCCUGAACACCCCAGACAGUUGUUUGUCUUCACUGAUGGAGAGGUGGGGAACACUAAAGAAGUUCUGGAUCUUGUCAGAAAUCAUUCUCAGUCUCACAGGUGUUUCUCAUUCGGGAUUGGUGAGGGUGCGAGUACCGCCCUCAUCACAGGAUUGGCCAGAGAGGGACGUGGCCACGCCCAGUUCAUCACUGGCACUGACCGCAUGCAGCCCAAAGUGAUGCAGUCUCUCAGGUUUGCUCUGCAGCCUGUAGUGAACAAGAUCUCUGUGGAGUGGAAAGUUCCAGACGGCAUUACUGUUGACACUCUGUCCCCACCCAUCAAUGUGAUCUUCCAGGGUCAAAGGUCACUCAUUUAUGCCCAGAUUAAAGGACAGAGUUCAGAAAGCUCUGAAGGAUCAGUGAUGAUACAAUACAACCUGAAAGAUCAACCAGUGACAAACCAGCUUCACUUCUGCCUCAAACCAACUGAGGACUCUGGGUUGAUGAUCCACCGUCUGGCGGCUCGGUCCCUGAUUGGUUGUCUGGAGCAGGAGGAGAGGGCAGGAGGUGGAGAGGUGGAGUCUAUCAAGAGCAAGAUGGUGAAGCUCAGUGUUGAAGCAGGAGUGAACAGUGUUCAUACAGCCUUCAUUGCCAUUAAUAAACACAACAGAGAGACUGUGAAAGGACCUCUCAUACAGACAAGAAUACCAACACAAGGAUUCUAUGGAGUCCCGCAAAUGUGUAGGAUGCCCGUGGCCAUUAUGUGCCAAAUGGGUCCUUCUCCUCCAGGUAAUGCAGGGAGUCCCAUGGCCAUGAUGUGCCGAAUGGCUCCUUCUCCAGGUAGUGUAGUGAUGAUGCCACAAAUGAGUACUGGUUCAGCAAAUUCCAGUCAAAAAAAGAUCAAAGGUAUUAAGAAACAAUCUCUGAAAAUAUGUGAGGCAAAAUCGCUUCAAACGCCUCAGAAGGACUCUUUUCUUCAGCUGGUGUCUCUUCAAAAGGCUUCGGGCUGCUGGGAGCUGAACUCUGCGCUGGCACAAGUGUUUGGAAAGACAGAAGAUGAGCUGACCAAUCAGAAACCAGCACAGGUGGAUGGCUCAGUGUGGGCCGCUCUACUGGCUCUCAUCUGGUUAUACGGAUAUAAAAUCCAGCAACAAGAUGAGUGGCAGUUUGUGGCCAUGAAGGCGUCAUCAUGGAUCCGCUCUCAGAAAGUGGGCGGUCUGUCUCAGUGUGUGUGUGAUGGGAAUGUUCUGCUGGGAUGUCACGUGAAGGAAGAGACUUUGGGAAUCUGAAGACGUCAGUGUUUCUACCUCAUGUGAUGUCAGAAGGCCAAAGAACUUCUCUUAAAUGGACCAUAUAUGAAGAAAUCACUUUUUUCUCUUGUCUCAUGGGGACCCGGGUUUGAGUGUGAUCCUGUAUCUCCUCUCUCAACCUCUAACUUCCUGUUUAUGCUCUUCUUGCCUCUAAAGAAUAAAGGGAACAACCCACCUAAUAAAACUCAUCCCAUAA